UUAUUAUUGGAGACUUGGAGUAAUUAAUUAGUGAAACGAAAAGAAACAUCUGGGCUAUGUUUAGUAUUCCCAAAUAACUUAGCCCAUAUAGUCGGCCCAUUAGCAAUUACCCAGGUUAUAUAAUGCUUUUGAAUAGCGAAUUUUAACAAACAGAAGCUGAAAGUGGAAAUUAGGGUUUUGUGUAUCUGACAAGGAGGAUGAUUUACGACGUGAAUUCGCCGCUUUUCCGAUCCUUCCUCAGCCAGAAGGGAGGCGCCUCUGACAAGAGGAAAACAGAAGAGCAGAAGCCCAAGGAACAGAGGCCGAAAGCAAGUGAAAACAAGCCUGUUAUGAAUGAGUGAAAUCUUCCAGAUGUAAACUUAUUUUAGAAUAUCUGAAAUGUUAUUAAGAGCCUCUUUUAGAAAAUGUUGAUCAUGUGCUACAUUUGACUUUUGAAUAGAUCAUAUAUCUUUUAAGAUAUUUUGAUCGUU